AUGUCGCACAACGAAGACGCGGUCGAUUCGUCGACCAAUUCGGCCCCGGAUCUCCAGAUUCUGGGCGAUGAGGUGACUCUUCAGCCCAGUGGCUAUGUUGAGCCGCCUCCAAAGGCCAUCCCUGAAGGAAAGGAGGAGGCCUUGAUGGACAAGUUUGCCUCGUUCCGCUCUGAACCAUUUCAGUUCCUUCGUGAAGUGUCGCUCUACGUGUCUGGCCAGGGAUGGCGAGCGUACGAUCGCGUCAUUGGCCAACCCGUGUUUUACCCCGGAUUCUCGGAGAACAUCAAGAGCAUGGUCCUCUCGGCACCCCUUCUUCAGCAGCGCAUCAGCCAGCUCGCUGAGCAUCGCGUCGCCGUAGAAGAGCGGGAUGGCAUGCUCCCCCGGGAUGCCAAAGACUACAGUACCAAACGCUCUCAACGACUUAAUGAGAUUGAGUCCGGACUACAGGAGCUCGCAGAAAAAUGGACCGAUGACAUGAUUUGCAAGAUGGAGAGCAAGACGUUCAUCCGUGGAGCCUAUUAUCUCGUUACCCAGUUGUUGACGCGAGCCUAUCACCAAGGCAUUCAUGUCUCCAGCGAGGAAGUCUUGCGGUUACGCAAGGUUGCCGAGAUUGCGGCCAAGAAGAAGCAGAGCAUCGUCUUCUUACCAAGUCACCGAUCCCAUGUCGACUACGUCUCUUUGCAGCUCAUUUGCUAUCGGUUAGGCCUCACACUACCAACCAUUGUCGCCGGAGACAACUUGAACAUCCCCGUCCUAGGAAGUUUCCUCCAACAUGCUGGCGCCAUGUGGAUUCGAAGGCAGUUCGGAGACGAUGUUCUGUACACAACGCUGGUCCAGUCAUAUAUCGAUAUGCUGCUGCAGGAAGGCUACAACUUUGAAUGUUUUAUCGAAGGAGGUCGAUCUCGCACUGGAAAACUGCUACCGCCCAAAUUCGGCAUUCUCAGCUUUGUCCUUGACAGCAUCCUAUCUGGCCGUGUCGAGGAUGCUAUCAUCUGUCCUGUCAGCACUCAAUACGACAAGGUUAUUGAGACUGAGGGUUACGUCACCGAACUGCUCGGUAUGCCCAAGAAGAAGGAAAACCUAGCCGACUUUUUGAGUGGCGGUUCUUCAGUUUUGUCUCUCAAGCUGGGUCGUGUGGAUGUUCGCUUCCACGAGCCCUGGAGUCUACGAAAGUACCUGGAUGAGCAAUUGUCUAAACUGCCCAGUAUCCCAGCUGGCCUUGACACAGAGCACCAGCGCCCUGAGGUGAGGGCGGUUCGAGAGAAACUCUUGCGGGCUGUCGGCUACCAGGUACUGGGUGACAUCAACGCUGUAUCUGUGGUUAUGCCAACAGCUCUCAUCGGAACGGUUCUCCUGACACUGCGUGGGCGUGGUGUCGGCAGAGAAGAACUGAGACGCCGCGUCUCGUGGCUCACGGAACGUGUUCGUGCCAAGGGUGGUCGAGUAGCUCACUUUGGCAACGCGCCUUUAUCCGAAAUCGUCGAUCGCGGCCUCGAGGUGCUCGGCAAAGAACUGGUAGGCGUGAUUGAAGGCCUCGCCGAGCCCACUUAUUAUGCCGUCGACCGCUUCCAGCUGUCAUUCUACCGCAAUAUGACGAUACAUCUUUUCAUCUACGAGGCCCUGGUCAGUGUGGCCAUGUAUACCCGCGUGAAGCAGGGAGGCGGGCCACAGAUGCAGGACAUUCCCUUUGAUGAGCUCAGGGAACAAGUCUCUUUCCUGUCCUCAUUGUUCCGUGGCGAAUUCAUCUUCUCCGGCGAAGGCCUCGAUGUUAAUCUGGACAAGACGCUGCGAGGACUAGAGGCAGAUAACGUCGUCCGUGUUGACCGCGAUGCUGAGGGCAAUGUCACCAUGGUUGGUCUUACAGACGACGAGAGAAAGGCCGGAAGAGAAAACUACGACUUUUAUUGCUUCCUCAUCUGGCCUUUUGUUGAGGCAACAUGGUUGGCAGCGGUCUCGCUCAUGGGGCUUACGCCUCCCCUGGGCCAGAAUGGAGAGAUCUGGAUUGAACAGAACAAGGCAUACAACAGUGCCCAGCUGCUCGGCAAGACACUGUUCCACCAGGGUGAUCUCUCAUAUUUCGAGGCCGUCAACAAAGAAACCCUCAAGAACUCAUACCUCCGCUUCGAGCAAGAUCAGCUCCUCCACGUGGUGAAAUCCAAAGACCCAAAGAUCCCCCCACGAAUCCAGCUCGACGCUUCCUGGCGACCAUCCCGAGAUGCCAAGACCGGUGCUCUUCGCGCCGAUGGUAAGCUGUGGGACUUUACGGAGAAGAUUGCCAAGUCACGCCGUGAGGGCAAGAACCGUCGCAACGGCGCUACUGUCAGCAGCCGUGUCUUGCGGUUGACAGAUGAGCUGGGUCGUAAGCUCUGGGAGGAAACGGUCGAGGCCGAGCGGAGUGGAAAGGGCAGAGUUCCUAGUCGGCUCAGCAAUGAAGAGAAGGAAGCACUAGGAAAGAGUGUGAGGGAGGCCAAGAAGAAGAGGGAGGAGAGAGGAGCUCGGGCACAUCUAUAA